AUGAACACCCAUCGGACAACUACGAUGACAACGAAAACAGCAAAAUCAAAAGCAUAUGAGUUACUCUUGAACAAAAGUGGAAAUGCUUUAGAGCAACAUUAUUGUGCAUCAGAAGUGGAGAUUAUGGAUCCGGAUACAUACAAUAAUGCUUCAGCCAAUGUUACACUUCCAUCAUCAUCAAUACAUACAAUAAAAAAUGAAGCACGUUCAUCAGAUCGUCGUUAUCAUAAAAAACGACUUAAUAAUCAAGUAACAUUAUCAUCAACAGUAGCAUCAGAGACACCUAUUGCUUCAAUUGAUAAGCAAGAUGAACGUAUUGAAGUUAAAAUUCUUCCACAAGAUGAUAAUUGGGGUGAAACAACAACAAUAACAUGUAAUGGAGGUAAUGAUGAUACAUUAACAAAUAAUAAUGAUACAAAUUUACAAAUUAAUGAUAAUCAACAAAAUAAUCAUUUUCAAUAUGCAUCAGAUAAUGCAUAUCGGCGAACAUUAUCUUUUUCAAUUGCACAAUUUACUAUUUAUCUGCUUUGUUUCAUUGCGUUCAUUUCACCUCUAUUCUUUCUCAUAUUACCAUUUGCAUUAGUAACAUCAGAUUUCAUCACAAUUGAUGAUUAUUCACCAAUAAUAGCAAUUAUUUUUAAACUUAUUUUUUUACUUUUUGGUACAUCUCUAUUACUUCAUCGACGCCGAAAUCGACCACAUUUACCAUGUAUUCAUUUACAAAAAACAUUUCUAAUUCUUAUCCUAUUAAUUAUUCUUGUUGUCUAUUGGUUUUAUUAUAUAUUUAAAAUUUUACGAUCAAAACUUGAUAAAUAUGAACGAAUUUUAUCAAUGACAUCAACAUAUGAAGAUCUACUUUUAUUUAUGCUAAUAUUAUCUGUACUUAUCUUAGAAAUAAAAUGGUUAUAUCCGAAAUGGAUCGUUAAAGUUGUACGAUCACCUGAUGGACAAACAAGACAAUAUACAAUUGGAUCAAUGUCAAUUCAAGAAGCAAGUGUUUAUCUAUUGGAACAAUAUUAUAAAGAUUUUCCUGUAUUCAAUCCAUGGUUAGAAACUGCUCAUCAAACACAAGUAAAACGUCAUCGAACAUUUUCAAAUAAAUCUAUUGGAUCACAAUCAAAUUCGUCAACUAUUGCUGCUGGUACAAAUGGAAAUUUGACACAAACAAUGCGUGGAUUUAACGAUAGAUUUUAUGAUGAACUUGAUUAUGAACGUCGCGUCCGAAAACGACGUACCAAAUUAAUAACUACAUGUGAAGAUGCAUUUACACAUGUUCGAAAGUGUCUUGAUGAAAAAUAUGGCACGCACAUACCAAUGGAUUCUCGAGAAGCAGCACAAGCUGUAUUUUCUUCGAUGUCACGAUCUCUUCAAAAAUAUCUGCGUUUAACACGACAGCAACCUUAUUUUACACGAGAAUCAAUAGUAUCUCAUUUAGCAACAUGUUUAUCACAUGAUCUUUCGCCAAGAGCCUUUCUUGAACGUUAUAUUCAGACAGAAUCUCAACCAUUGGCUACAUUGCUUUUUCCUGUCUUAGCCUCGUUAACGGAUAAUCAUGAACAAUCAUGGUCACUUGUAUGUGAUUCUCAAAUGGACACAAACGAUGAACAAAAACGAGAAAAAAAUUCAAUAAAUCAACCAAUUCAUUCAAAUUUAUUAUUCGUACUCAAACAGCAACACGCUGAACAUAUUGCUUUGAUAUGCACAUUUCAUCAAGUACCAAGAGUUAAUUUAAUUGAAAGAUUCUUUGAUUCAAAACAAAAUAAAUUUGUUUUGAAAUUAAAUUCAGAAACAUCUGUUUGA